AUGGCCUCAGUUGGAAAAUGGGCCCCGGGCGCUUCAUACGGCCCCGUUCUCAGCCAAACGGAUCUCUAUCUCCUCAACAGCGGUCAAAACACCGAGCUGGAGCUGAACCCUAUCAUCGAGGGAAAGCUCGACAAAGUCCCUCUUCAAUUCAACUUGAUUUCCGGCUACAGCGGUUCGAUGGUCACCAACCCGAAUGGAGAGGCUGUCAUGCAAGGCCGAGACGAGCCCGCUACACUACCGCGCGUAUCCCAGCUCAUCGUUAUCUCGCGACACUCCCCUUGGUGCACGAUAGUGAAAAAGGAGACGGGGGUGACAAUCGGCGAUCUGUGUUCGGCUCUGUUCAAAGAGUACACAGAGAACUAUGUCACCGAUGCUGAGCUCUCUACUGUCCCAGCGAGAGUGCAAGACCACAUGAAGCGCACAGCAGCCAACAACUUCGUAUCCGCACAGUCCAACCAGGUUCCCGCGGGCUGGGGAUACAGCUACCCGCCAGCCAACCUCCCCGACAAAAUCAGGCGUGUAGAUUGGCUGCGCGAGCGAGUUUAUGUGGAUCGAUUUGAUAGGGACGAUGGUUACGCGCGAUCGCGGCUUGGGUUUAAAGCACCUAACGUCCUCGUCAUGGAUCUAACUGGUUGA